AUGAAAAUAAGCUUGAUAAAUUUGUUAACAGUCAUAAUUGGAGUCAGUGAAGCAAGACUAUUUGAUUACAAAGAAGAAUCUCAACAUGUUCAAGAUUCAAGUGAUUCAUCUCAAGAAUAUUCCAUCAAUGAUAUUGUGAGACGUCAUAGAAGUUUAACUCAAACUACACGACAUGAAGUGGAAAUUUUCAAGAAUCCUAAAUAUGAUACUUCUUGUAUAAAGAAGGCUUUAACACCAAUAUUGCCGAAAUGUUUGAAAGUUAAUAUUGAUACUUUAGAUCCAGAAUUAAGAGCUGUCACUGCUGCAAAACUAUCUAUAUGUGAGUUUGAGGUUGCCAAAAUUUCAUAUCCAAAUGAAUGCUAUCCAAGAAGGUAUUUUUUCAGUUCAGAUGAAGAUUCAAUAGAUUAUGAAGAUUGUAUACUGGCACUAGAAAAAUCACCUCAAUGGUGGACAUCAUAUAGUGGGAAUUAUAGAGCAAUUGGUGAUAUAUGUUUCCAAGAAUCUUUACCUUAUGAAAAAGAUGAAAUUUUGAACUUAUUUUUGAAUGUUACAGAGAUAUAUGAAAAAAUAUUGGAAGAUUUGAAUGAAAACAUUGAAAUGUCUACAAGUUUCAAACAAAGUUCUAAAAAAUCAUUUGAAGAACUGAAAAAUUUCAUGGAUGAAGUAUUGAUAAAAUUCCAAAAAGAUAGUGAUGAUCAAAAAACUCAAUAUGGUGAUAAAUUGAAAGAGAUGAAUAAAAUUUUGGAGGAAACUGCUGCAUUAACCAAAAUACUAUCAAAUAGUACAGUAGGUGUUACUGAUGUUGUUAUCAAUCAAAUUCAAACACUAGAAAACAAAUGGGAUGGGUUCUUCAAUCAAUAUAAUAAUGAUGAGUUUAUGAAUGAAGUGAACUCAAUGAAGGAAUAUUUUAUUAAUGAUCUUGAAAGUCGUGAUUUUAAAAUAAAUCUUCUCUUGGAUGAUUUUAUUGACAACUUGAACAAGAUAGCAACAAAAUCAGAUAUUAAUUUACAACUUUCCAAAGAUUUAGAGUCAUCAUUAGGUAAGAAUAUUGAAGAUUCAACCUCUUUGAAUAAAUUGAUAACUAAUGCUGGUGAUUCAAUUAUUGUUAGUUCAGAAUAUGCUUCAAAUUUAUUGGAAACUUUUACUCAGUUGGAUCAAUUGAAUAUCAAUGAGAUUUUGAAUGUUUCUGAAAGGGAAUUAUUAGAGAUUUUUCAGAGGAUAACUAAUGAAUUGAAUAAUGAAAUGAUCAAGGUUCAUGGAAGUGCUAAGACUUUAGAUGAAGAGUUGAUAGUUUUAGUUGAUAGGAUUGGUGAAGCUACAGGAUCGUUGUUUACCAUUAAUGAUAUUUUAAAGAAUAAUAUCUUUAUUAAGCUUUUGAUGUUUGUUACUUCCAAUGUCUCUGUUUUGGCCAAUAAAUUUGUCAUUGUUGGAAUAAGCAUAUUGAUUUAUUAUUUCCUUCUUGUGGUGAAGUUUAAAUUGGUUAGUAAGAACAUGAAGAUAUUAACAUUGUUGUUUUUCACCUCAGUUGGAGGUAUAAUUUUGGGAAUUUCUGUUGUUAGAUGCAUGAAGAUGUUUUUAAACUCAAAGUCUUCGUUGGUUGAGUUAUAA